GCAUAUAAAAACAGUUAGAUCGAGAUAUCCACAACAACACGGCAAGGGUAACUUAUCUCAAGAGGAAUUAGGUAAUUGUAAACCCCUCUCUCCGAAUGAGACAUUAAUUAGCCCAACAUGCAUCUGUGUGCCCGGCCUAAUCAAAAGCAAAGCUCAUCAUUUUCUUCUCGCAUUGGGAAUUGAACCGACGUUUUCUGAUAUUCCGCAUGUUUGGGCACAACCCAAGCCUGCAACACAUCCACUAUCAUUCAUUUAAACAAGGUUAAACAGUAGUUAUGGCCUAUGCAUGGUAUUGUCAACUUCAACCAUGAACUACGCAGUAAGGAGCUAUCUAUCCCUGCGCUGCGCCUCCGACCUCAGGAGCUUCCGUUAGAAUGUGCAUUCGAACAGCAUAACUUGACACGGAAUCAUCCACCACCGCAGUCCGUUUCGCUAGAAAACCAGUUUGGACUUUCAAUGCCUAUUUUAGGAAAUCUUCAACUACAACUUGAUCUACACAGUAAAUCAUUCGUGAUGAAACGACCUCGUAUUCCAUUGUGUGAUUCAGCAAUGUCCACCGUCUCAUACGGGCCUGUUCAUUGUUGUUGAACUGCAAUCAAUAAUGGCUCCAAGCGGAGUCUAAAGAAACAAAAUAUUUCUGUUUUCUCGCGUCCUCUCGUGAGAGAGUCGUUCAACAUGACGGCACCUGGAAAUGGAACGAAGCGUGCGGCCAUUGGUUUGUAGCUGCGGCUGUUCCCUUUUUGCACUCAUUCUGGGCUUUGUUUUUCCGCUGAGCGAUGCUCGUUGUCCGGCCUUUUAAGUGUCAAGGAGACAACUGUACAGCCACAACAACAGCCCUAGUCUUAUCUCCUGAUCAGAGAUCCGCUCCGACUCUCGCCCGCCAGCAAAAGGAAAGGGGGAUGGUCUCGUAUCAUCAUAAGCGCGGGCCAUCUGGCGGUUGGUCCGGUCAGCGUAUCCAUGUGGCCGUGUCAUCGUGGGUUGGCAGUUGAAGACGUCCUUGUAAGGACAAGAAUAUAUAAAAGACCAACAACCCCUCGCUUUUCAUUUUCCGUCAUAAAUGACCACCUCCUGCUCAUUCCUACUUCUAUAUUUGCCUUCCAUCUCUUCCAAGAUAAAACGAGUCGAGCUAGAAAAAGCAGAGAAUAAAUCAAGAUGUUGAAGCAUCACCCCCCAAUACCUCUCAUCCUUCUCCUCGUGGCCUUUUUCUCUACACUGCUAGCAGCCACCCCGGUGGACUACUACAUCGCUGGAGUUGACCAGACACCAAAUGCCGUCCGCGUCUUUCCGCGGAACAAACCCUGGACUUCCUCGAACCUCUACUGGAGUUUCACGGCCGGCAAAAGUAGGAGAGGCUGGAGCAACCUCUCCGAUGUCAAACUCCGAAGGACCGCUUCUCACGGCUGGAUUGCCCUCGUUUGCGCCUCCGGUGGCAACGCAGGUAUCAUCGAUGUUUCCAAGAAGAAUCUGAGAACCGACCUGGGUGAUUUGCUGUGGACAGGCUCGCCGGGCGGCAACCCACACGCCAUCGAGCGUAUCCCCCACAUCGGUGCGGUUGUCGUGGCGAGUUCGACCCCGGGAAAAUUGACGCUCUAUUACCCAGGAAAUCCUAAGAAAAUCAACGAUUUCAAGAACUUGAAAAGAUCCAGUGUCAAUUAUGAUGCCCCUGGCGCGCACGGCGUACUCUGGGACCCCAAUGGUGCCCCGGACGAUCCUGAGAAGGGGAUCCUGUGGGUUUCCCUCGAUAAAUACAUGCGAAAAUAUAAAAUCAUGGGCCGGGGGAAGGCAAUGCGCCUUGUACGGGAGGGUUUUUCGAUUCCCUUCCCUGGAAAAGGUGGCAUGGGGCAUGAUUUGCAGCCAGAUUAUACGAAUAAAAAUGUGCUGCUGGCGACAGAUUCGUAUGGGGCUUACGCAUAUGACAUUUCUACGGCGGAGUGGACCAUGCUGAGGGAGGAGAAGGCGAUAAAGAGUUUUGUGAGGCAUAAGAGUGGGGAGUACCUGUGGGUUACGAAAGAGGGGAAGGACGGGUGGGUAAGCAGAUGGGUGAGUUUUGGUAUGAACGUGGGGGAGAAAGUGAGUGAGAAGAAAGGAGGGAAUGGGAUGGGGUUCUAUAAAGCGAGAGUGCAUGAUCCAGCAUUUGAGUGAGGAAAUAGGUUAUCCUAGAUAGUUACCCACAAAUUGUAUAUAGGUUUUCUGAUCAUGCUAAAUUUGCACACGCCGUAAAUAAGUAUUCAGCCAGCCCCUUUCUCUCGCUCCCCAACAUGUGUACAACAAGAGCUACUUGACGGAGUAGAUCUAUAAUUUACGAGUGUCUGAUCUGAUCUCAAUACCCGAAGUGAUUUCUACAUACAACCGGGUCCAGGAGCACGGCGAACACAGACAACAACACUGCUGCCCCAUGUCAUCCACCUUCAUUAUUUAAUUAUACCCACAUAGGUACACACAUCUCCGAGCUAGAUGGUUAAAAUCUAAACACAAGACAAAUAUAUAUAUACAUAUUUCUCUAUAUAUCUAGUGUAUCUAACGAGUGACGAUUAUUUUUGGAUAUUUUCUUUGAAACAUGCCAUUCAAGACAACAAUAACCAUCCUCCCCGGAGCGAUAAAAGAAAAGAGAAAGAAGAAAAAUAACAGAAACUUCCCCGUCAGAAAUUCAAUCCACCAACCUAACUUUCUCUUCUGAUAAUAACCAAGAAAAGAAAAACCCAUGGCCUGCUCCGAAGCCCUGGCAAACCCCCGUGCAAAAACAUGGCAGGAGCCAAAUGUGGUGGAUUAAAAAUAUGAACAAAGCUUCUUGCCACUCUCUUUAUUGUCUCGACACCUAUAUCCAGGGCAGCAAGAGGCGUGGUUUAUGCAUUCCUCCCCCAUAUAGCCACACGAGCCAUCAGCACGUUUCUCCUUGCCGAGAGGUGGCAUGUCAUCGUCCAUCUGGGGGCCGGGCAAGGCGUCUCGCUUCUGCGGUAAUGUUGGGCUGUUUCUUUUUGUACAGAAACCGCCCUUGGUUUUCUACAUAUCCCAAUAUUGUUAAUAUGUGUGAACAUCAUUAGAUCCGUGGUUUAUUCUUCCACCAUUCUCUCCUCGUCCGAGAGGGGGGAAAUGAUAUUUAUCAAUCGAUAGGUGCCAGCUACUUACACAGAACCAUCCGGAGCAUGGGCAACUCUCAUCGCUCAUGCAAUAUCGAUCUUUACAUGUCUGAGACGUGAUAUCCAACUCGCUCUGAAGCUGCUGCAUUCCCUGGAUAUCGUUGUCACGCUUUUCGAAAGGGGACGGCCCGCAUGUCUAUCAUUCCCAUGAAGCCCAGGGCAAAUAUACGCAGUUAGCCAUCAAUGCUAAAAAGUCCCUCUCUUACUGUUUUCCCUUUUCUCUCCUCCUAUCUUUUCGUGUUCGACUAAGACACGCGGAGGUGUUGGUUACACUUGAUUUUACUUACGCCUACAUGUUCUCCGAAAGCGAAACCGCACAUCAACCCCUUACAGCAAUCUCUGGCCGGGUCUGUGUUCCCCAUGUAACAAGGCCCACCAUCCCCCGAGCAAACUGCUGCCUCCCUCCUAUUUUUGGUAUCUGACGAGGGAAAGGCGAGGACGCCGACGCCACUGAGGAUGAGGGCGAUGACGGAGAUCUGGGGUAAUUUCAUUGUUGGGGACUUCUUGGACGGUGAGUUGUUUGGGAUGUUCGGUUGUAAGUGUUUUAAUCUGAAACGAUUUAUAUGAUUAUGUCUGUCUGUCUGUUUGUCCGUCGAGGAAAGCACAGUUCCUCUAUGCUUCUUCUUUUGAGUAAGAAGAGACUUGUUCAAAGGGGGGGUCUUCCGGGGGUUUUUUAUCUCGCACUCUUUCUGAUAUCGUCGCCUAACGAUAUAAUAAUUUGUGCGUAGAUGUCGCUAGGCCAGUUCCACCGAUCAAAAUGCUCAUCCCUUCUAAUUUCUGCACGUGUACAGAGUACAGGACAUGACAUUGCAGAGCGUUGUGAUUACCUUCUUCUUUCUUUCUUUCUUCCAGAUCGACCAGCUGCAUGCCACGAUUCCAGGGUACGGCAGCACCGUGUUUAUGUAUGCGCAGGCUUAUUCGCAGCAUAACUCCUCUGCAUAUGCUGGGAUGAAGACGCUUCGAUGUCCCUUUGAUUCUUGCGUACAUAUAAAGAGUGCUUAUUAUAGGCCGCCACUUUUUCAUUGCUUCAGGGUAUACAGCCAUUCAGCGAAAAUGACCAAAGUGCCAAUUGCAGGCGGUAAAGAGAUCGACUCACCGCAGCAGACGAGGUGUAGACGACGGACGAGUCUCCCGACUAACUAUCUUCGUACUUUCUUGACGCAGUGUAAGCGCGAUGCGUAUGUACUGUACAUGUACUACGCCUAUUCGCCGAACGCAACCACACAGCGCUUACUGGGGUAGCAUGGCAGGCGAUCUCAUCUUUGAGAAUAUAGCGGAGUUCGCAACCGCGAGAGAACAGUGGAGAGAUAUACUUCAAUGCAACACGACUAUCUCUACCUCGCGAUCCGGCAGAUCAAUACGGUAGCCCCGAAGUCGAUAAUCUAAGGAGAUCAUUCGAAGCAAUGCACUUUUUUUCAGUAUUUGUUUGUUUUGUUUGUUUUCUCCUAUUUUCAUUGCGUGACUUUCAAUCCCCUUUCUACUCACUCAUACGCGCGCAAAUCGAAGGGGAAUCUACUAAUAUAAUAUAAUAAACCAACGCAGGAACAACAUAAAAGGGGUAUCAGGUAUUUCAAUUUUAUUUCUCUCCUAUAAAUCUGUCAAAAUAAAGGGAAAAAGUGAGCCGUCAUUUUCAUCUAACUUCGUUCAAUCCAUUUAUCCCCCUUUCUCGUCCCCUUCCCGCCUCCCCCUUGUUACCGUCCAAGCCGACUGAACCCAGAAAUCAUUUGUUAUCUCAUACCUCUGUCAUAUUCGAGGCGAUUCGCAUCUUUUAUGCUCAUCCCGGCAGACAGAUAAGUUCUUUGCCCUGUUGGUUAUACGGCACGUCAGUAUUCGAACGGAUAUAUGUGUAAGAUAUAGCCCAGGGCUAAACCUACGCCAUCUUGACACUUAUAUCCACCACAGCAUAUUUUUUUGGAGCAUGAUUCACCGAAACCAGCGCAUUUCUUUGGUGGCCUCUUGCGUUGUUCUUCAGGGCCCGGUGCUGGAAAGGCGGCGACGACGGUGACAAUGGCCAUGACCAGAAUUGGGAGGAGCUUCAUGGUUCACGGUGUAAUUGAUACCAGUUUGUUGAAUCUCUUGGAUCCCUAAAAUGGUAGGCUGUGUCAUGUUUUUGCUAUACGGCUUAUCAGGGACAGGGGGUGUAGCUAUAUGUAUUUGAUAUACAUGUACUUUUCAUUUCUGGAGGAGCAUUGAAAUGCAUUACUUACUUUUUUUUCAAGAUAUUGCAAGUCUG